AUGGAUACAGUUGGAAUUUUGGUAUGCUACAAUGGAAAUUGGGUUAAGAAGGAUAACAUUGAGAGUUAUGAAGGUGGGGAGGCUAAAGGCAUAAUAGUGUCACGGAACGUAACGUUUUCCGAACUUGUUGAACGCAUUUAUAAGAUCAUGGAUGCAGAGCCCACGAAAUAUAGUGUCACAUUGAAGUAUUCAGUUCCUGUAUCCGCAUCUGUCAGUAAGCAGAUAAGGGUUGAAGACAAUGAUGAUGUUCAAUAUUUUCUCAACAAGCUUGAAAACAUCGAAGGGCAUGGUAUUGAAGGGUGCAAUGGCAUUGUAAGCGUGGAGAGUAGCAAUGCUCCUGCUACCUUUGUUGUGGAACGAAGAAAUGUGGCAAUUUCGCACAAUGAAACUGAAAAUGGUGGGAAUGGUUUUAAUUGGAGUGAUUGGGUUGAAGAAGUUCAUUUUGAAAGCGGUGAAAACAUAGUUGCUGAUUUCAAUCAACCUAGCAAUGAAGAGGAACCAUACUCUGCACCAAUUGUGCAUCCUCAUGAGGACAGCAGUGCGGAACCCUCCACUGUGCAGUGUAGACAGGUGCAAUCUGAACCUCCCCGGCAAUCAAGUUCGAGUGAAAUGCAUACAAUUCGGGUUGAUUCGAAGCAUGGUGAGAGUGUGGAAUAUAUUGGUUAUGGUGGAGGACUUUCGUGCAUAAAUUGGGAAGCAAAUUUGAAGGUUGGCCGAGUUUAUCCAAAUAAGAUUGCCCUUUUAAAAACCAUCAGUUUAGCAGCAAUUAGAGGCCACUUUCGGUUCAGAACAGUCCAAUCUGGGAAGCGUCGGUUUUGUGUUCGCUGUUGGCAGGUGCCUUGCCCUUGGAAACUUCGGGCAUAUAAAGUUGGAUUACAUGAGUUUAAGGUUGUUAAAUACGAUCCACUUCAUGAAUGUGAUCUGAGCAUAAGCUACUCUACAGCUUGGAGAAGCCGAGAGUUAGCUUUCAAAACAAUGAGAGGGUCUGCAGAAGAGUCGUAUUCCCUUCUCCCUUCCUAUUGUUAUGAGUUGGAGCGUACAAAUCCGGGAACUUUGACAUACAUUGAGACUGAUGCAGCCGACCACUUCUUAUAUUUUUUUAUGUCCAUUGGUGCAUGCAUACGAGGAUUUAAGUCGUCAAUGCGGCCCGUGAUUGCUGUUGAUGCUACCCAUUUGAAGUGCAAGUAUAAAGGUGUUUUGUUUGUUGCGACCGCAUUUGACGGAAAUCGCAACAUAUAUCCUGUUGCCUUUGGGAUUGGAGAUUUGGAGACCGAUGCAGCAUGGGAGUGGUUUUUGAGAAAAUUACAUUGUGCAAUUGGUGAUUGCUCGAAUCUUGUUGUCAUAUCUGAUCGCAAUGUUAGCAUACAACAUGGGUUGCGUAGAGUUUUUCCUGGGGCAAGCCAUGGUAUUUGCUUUUAUCACUUGAAGGGCAAUAUGAAAGCCUCAUUUCACUUGAAGCAACGGGAUCCGAUAUUGGGGUAUUUUAUAAGGGCAGCGAAGUCUUAUCGUCUAGCGGAGUUCAAUCGUCACUUCUCGAUGAUAAACAAUGAGCGAGUGCGAAAUUAUCUACUACGUGCAGGCGUUCAGAAGUGGUCACGGGCCCACUGUGAUGGACGACGCUAUAAUGUGAUGACAACGAAUAUUGUGGAGUCCAUUAAUUCAGUUCUUCGUUUUGCAAGGAUGCUUCCGGUCCUACACUUGAUCGAUGAAAUCACAAAUUUACUUCUCACUUGGUUUAGUCAACGUCGAGAUUUAGCAAUGAAAUGUCAUUCUACAUUGUGCCCUGAUUUGGGUGAACAGAAGUUAAGGAAGAGGUUAGACGCUGCGUCAAGGAUGAAUGUGGUCAAAAUCAAUGAUGUUGAGUAUAAUGUUCUGGAUGGUGAUUUGAACGGUCUGGUGCACUUGGCAAACCGUAGUUGUACGUGCAGGAAGUUUGACUUGGAGCAACUCCCGUGCAAGCAUGCUAUUGCGGUAUGUCGGCACUUGAAUUUGAACCCCUACUCCUUUGCCUCUUCUUAUUAUACACGAGCUACAUGGGCAGCUGCAUAUGCUGAAUCUAUUUAUCCUGUACCACCUAAAGGCACAUGGGUUAUUCCCGAACAUUUGAACAAUGUCAAAAUCCUUCCUCCUGUUUGUAAGGUUAUGCCGGGCCGUCGCAAAAUGCAAAGAGUACCUUCCAAAGGAGAGGACUCCAGGCAAAAAAAAUGCUCAAGGUGUGGUGUGAAGGGCCACUACCGAAAUACAUGCAAACAAUCUGUCCCUCUCAAGAACUGA